GCGAAACUCGUAAUGUUUGGAUCAAAACUGUGAACGGUUUCUACCAGUGCUGCAGCCAUUGUCGUUUGACCUGUUGGUUCAUUGACGUUAUAUAUUCUUCGUGUUGGUCAGUCAUGAAGCCUGUGCGAGGCUCAAGUCGGGAUUCAUCUGAAGCACCAAAACGUACUUCAAAAUCUGAAAAAACGACGCAGAAAAAGACAGUGGAGAAUAAGGAUCCCAAACACAAUGAAGAUAAUGAGGGCCAAGUUGGACCAAAAAACAAAGGUGAGGAGUCAGCAAGAGUUCCGAACCACAAACCAGAAAACUUGCAGCCGAUAUCAUGCUCCUCCAUUAUUGCUUUGGAAACCAUAAUGGACUGGUCAAUAUUAGCGACGCUACCUUUAAGACGAACAGAAAAGAAGGAAACCCAGGACCAUCUGAACAUUCUUAAAAAGAGCUUCCUGAACCAUUGUGCUGAACUUAAAGCACCGGCCCAUAAACGCAAAAAAUGGGAUUGUUCACCACAGCUUCACCAGGAGGAGUCUAAUAGGUCGGUGAACAGAAAGAAAAACCUGAGUUCACUUGAGAACGGUUUGCUGAGCGUUGUGAAAACAUUAGAGUCCAUUGUGGAGGAGAGCGAGUCCAUCAAGCAUGCCUGCAGUGUUUUGAGAGAUCGGGUGGAAGAAGAAGAAGAGAAAGCUAAAGAGAUCUUACAGAUGAAAGACCACACGGUUCUCAACCUUCUGUCUGUGCCGACUCAGCAUGAUUACAGAGGCAAAAAUGGUGAAACUGGUUCCUGAAGGAGACGCUGAAGCCGCAGCAGGAUAACUAGAAGAACCUUUAAUCGAAUCAAAGGCUGUCAUCCACGCGCACAAACAUGCAGACCAGUUGGUCAACCUGGGUUCCGAGACACAGCCCCCCCACCAAGGUUUUAAAAACAACUGUGAGCCUUUGAGGUUUUGUGGUGGUGAGGAAAUGUUUUGCACUUCCACUUUGCGGUUAUUGAGCUAAUUGUGCUGCAACUCUGGUGUGCAACAACUCAGCUGCUCACAGUCUUCAGAAUCAAUCCAUGUCUAGUGUGUGGUCAUGUUCAUUUUUAAAAUAAA